GUGAAAAGGCGACAGUAAGCAGCCAUGGUUGACAUAGUAGAUGAAGCAAUAGGGAAUGUAACUCAAGCUAUGCAGCAAGCUGGUCUGUGGGAAGACACCUUAAUGAUUUUCACCACAGAUAAUGGUGGUAUUCCAGUCCACGGUGGAUAUAACUGGCCCCUCCGUGGACACAAAGGCAGCCUUUGGGAGGGAGGGCUCAGGGCAAUAGGCUUUGUUCAUGGAAAAAUGCCACAGAAGACUGGAAUCAAGUGCACAGAACUACUUCAUGUGACAGACUGGUACCCAACUCUUCUCCACAUAGCAGGAUGUGGGUGACAGUUCCAGAAUAAAAGUUGCACUUUACAACAUUACUGCUGACCCAAAUGAACAUGUAGACCGGAGCGCAAAGUUCCCGGAUGUGGUGAAGAAAUUGCAAGAUAGAGUGCAGUAUUACUUCAAGGGGAUGGUUCCUAUCUUGAACAAACCUUCGGAUCCGAAGGCAAUGAAAGUGGCAAAAGAGAGAGGGUACUGGGGCCCAUGGAGAGGCUAAAGUGGAACCGUAGAGAGUUUAUCAUUACACCGUUAUCUGAUUGCAUUUCAUCAGAUUGCAGUUCAAGAAUUUCACGGAAGAUCUUGGAAAAGAUUUAUAUACCCUCUUUGAAUGUAAUCCAUAGUUUGAAACAUACCAAGCCGAAACAUGUGAUGUUUACACUAUAAAUUAGAGCACUCCAGAAUCGCCGUAAUUAUGCGCGAAAAGCUGCUCCCGUGGCAGCUAACUUCUCCAGCAACAGGUGAGGGUUUUCUCCACCCAAUCCGAUUUUCCUCCCUCCUGAAAACCAACAUUUCUUACCAACGACUGCUGACUCUUGGCUUACUACCACUAACUUAUGACAGGGAAAUCCGAGAUCUUUUUUUACUUUAUAAUUAUUUCUUGAGCUACUGAAGUAAACCUUAAUCGGAUUGUUACUUUUGUUAUGCAUGGCGGUUCUCACACUCUGGACCCUACCGACCCUACCCUUGUGUUAAACCCUGUUUGCUUAAAACCCCUUCUUUUCAGGAUUCGUUAACAGAAUUGUAAAACCCUGGAACGUAUUUGCAAACUAGCCUCUCCUGAAAUAUUCUUGAGACUGAGUAUCUUUAAGAAAUCUCUGCGUGCUACCUAUUUUACCCUACUGGACACAACUUUUGAUGUAGACAUGCCAUGCACCUGGUUCCUUUCUCGUAACUGCUCGUGCCACCAAGCCUGCAAAUAAUUUUUGUCUAUAAGCAGGUCAUUUGUCAGGCCAAAGACAAGUUU